AUGGCAGGGGAAAGAAGGCAACAUGUUGCAAUAGAUGUAGUGUCAUUGUCAUCUUCAUUACUAAAUAUGAUGGAGGGCCCCAAUCUAAACAUGCCUCCUAGAUGCUGCAUCUUCUUAACCCCAAAAAUACUCAGAAGGCAUAAUGAAAAAGCUUAUGCCCCCGAUGCAUUUUCAAUUGGACCUUUUCACCGUACCGACCAGAGCCUAAAAGCCACAGAAAAAGUUAAAGUCAAGUAUCUCCAAGCCCUCAUUCGUAGAUCAUCAUCUCCAAAUCCAGAACAAAAGUUGGAUGAGAUAAUAAAAGGCAUUGGGGAGAUUGAAAGGGAGGCUCGUGAGUGUUACGCCCCGCAAGCUUUCCUUCCCAAUGAAAAUGAGUUUGUGAAAAUCUUGCUUCUACGCCAUGACCUGUGUUUGCUGGAAAACCAAAUACCUUGGCUGGUGCUUGAGCGCCUGUUCGUCAUGACCAGCGCCAGACUAGGCGUAGGCGGCACUUUCGGGUUGCAGCCAAUUCCUUCUGCAAGGAUUCUGGAAGAGGGUGGAAUCAAGUUCCAGAGAGUAAAAUCUAGUUCCAUCCUGGACAUCCAAUUACGCAAUGAUCAUGUACUAGAAAUCCCACCAUUAUUGAUUCAGGAAACCACAGAAGUUGUGUUUCGAAACCUAAUCAGUUACGAACAGUGUCUACCAGGUUGCAGACCCGUGAUCACUUCUUACGCCAUACUCUUCAACAACCUCAUUAAAACUGCCAAGGAUGUUAAUAUACUCAUAGAGAAUGGGAUUAUACAUAACUGGUUGAAUCUGGAGGAUGCAACUCAAUUCUUCAACAAGCUUUACGUGGAUACCUAUGUCAAAGGGUACUUCUAUUUCCAACUAUCCCAGGAGAUCAACUUACAUUGCCGCAACCCUUGGCCCAAAUUACGCACUUUUUUGGUGCGCAAUUAUUUGUACACCCCAAUGGGUAUCAGUUCUCAAAUUGCUGCAGUUGUCCUCAAUCUUUGCGGCAUCAUACAGGCUGUGUGUUCCAUCGUCAAGAAGUGA